GGAGGAGGGAGAGGAGAAGGAAGAGGAGGAACUGGUUGUAUUCACUGGGAGCUCACAGAACACACUGCUCAGAGGAGAAGACAGUGAACAGGAAUUUAAAAGAGAAAAUAUUUCAGUACCGGAGACUUUAUUUGGGACUGAAAAUCUGUGCCCUCUGAUUGGCUGAGAGCAGGUAGACAAUGCGCUCCAGGACCUGCACCAUGGAGGGUCCAGAUGACGGACACAUCCAGACCACGAAGGUCUGCAUCAAAGAGGAAGAGGAAAACACACCAGAGCUCACGAAGAGGAAGAUGAAGGUCCAGAAACCUCAGAAACCUGCAGAGAGCAAGAAGGCAGCUCGAGAUCUGUCGAAGUCUGAGUUACUGCACCUGCUGGGAAUCAUGGAGGGAGAAGUUCAGGCCAGAGAGGACAUCAUCUCUCUUCUUCAGGCAGAAAGAUCUAAACCCGAGGUUCUGGAGGCUCUUUACGCCUCAGCCGUCCCGACUAAACCUCUUCAGGCUCUGCAGAGAGACGCAGCUCUCAGAGACAAACACACCGACGACGUCUACGAGAAACCCAUGGUCGAGCUGGAGCGUCUGGAGGACAAACAGAGGGAGACGUAUCGGAGGAUGUUGGAGCAGCUCCUGAUGGCAGAGAAGUGUCACCGACGCACCGUGACAGACCUGGACAACGAGAAACUGAAACACAGCGACUUCAUGAGCAAGAGCGACGACUUCACCAACCUGCUGGAGCACGAGAGGGAGAGACUCAAAAGGCUGUUGGAGCAGGAGAAGGGCUAUCAGGCUCGUAAGGACACGGAUCACAACCGGCGGCUGGAGAAAAUUCGAGCGGAGCUGGUGAAACUCAAGUCUUUCGCCCUGAUGUUGGUGGACGAGAGGCAGCUUCACAUCGAGCAAAUCGACCAACAGACCCAGAAGAUCCAGGAGUUCGUUCAGAAGCUUCAGGAGAAAGAGCAGCGUUUAUCGUCCGUCAGCGAAACUGCCAAAGAAGACGGACAGAAACUCCUCAACCUAGAGAACGAGCUGGAGCACAGAGCGGCUAAGUGUGCACAGGAACACGAGGAAAUGACGGCAAAACUGGCAAACGAAGAGUCCCAAAGCCGGCAGCUCAGAUUGAAGAUGGCCGGAUUGGCGCACAAGAUCGAAGAGUUAGAGGAGAGGAAUAAGUUGCUGCAGAAAUCCGAAGAAGACCUGCAGGAGCUGAGGGAGAAGAUCAGCAAAGGGGAAUGCGGGGAUUCGUCUCUCAUGACCGAACUGGAGAAUCUGCGGAAGAAAGUUCUGGAGAUGGAGGGCAAGGAUGAGGAGAUAACCAAAACAGAGACUCAGUGCAGGGAGCUGAGGAAACAGCUGCAAGGAGAGGAGAACCAUAGCAAGGAGCUGAGGCUCGAGGUGGAGAAACUACAGAUAAGGAUGCUUGAACUGGAGAAACUGGAGGGGGCUUUCUGUAAAAGCAACACAGAGUGCGCUCAGCUUCACGCUAUCCUGGAGAAAGAGAAACGUGUCGUGCAGGAUCUGGCCGGGGAGCUGGAGACGGUGAAAACUCGCUUGAAGGAACUGGAGGGAUCGGAGACGAAGUUUGAAAAGGCAGAGAUGCUCUUGAAAGACGAUCUGAUGAAGUUGAAGUCCUUCGCAGUGAUCCUGGUGGAAGACAGGAAGAAUACGGCGGAGAGACUUAAACAAGAAGAACACAAAAGUGAGGAUUUAAGCAAGAUGUUUAAAGCAGAGCAAGGCAAAGUUACAGAGGUCACAGAGAAGCUGAUCGAGGAGAGCAAGACACUUCUCAGAUUCAAAUCAGACAUGGAGGUCAAGGUGUCGAUGCUCGUUAAAGAGAAAGACGAGUUGAAGACUCUACUCGCAAGUGAAGAGGAAAAGUGCAAGCAGAUGAAUACCAAACUUGGUGGUAUGAAAAUAAGAAUGGACGGACUCGAGGAGAAGUCGUUCCACAAGGAUUACAACAGCAACCCAGACGAAGACAACAAAGUCAAAGAGCUCACGAUAGAAAUUGAAAGACUUAAAAGCCGGCUGAAACAACUUGAAGUGGUCGAAGGGGAUUUGAUGAAGACGGAGGACGAGUACGAUCUACUGGAGAAGAAAUUCAGAACGGAGCAGGACAAAGCCAACACUCUUUCAAAGAUUCUGGAAGAAAUGAAAAGUCAGAUCGCCAGGAACAAGGCCAUCGAGAAAGGAGAGGUCACAAGUCCUGAGGCUGAGCUGAGAAUCCGCUGCAAGUCGGAGGAAGCUAAAACCAGAGAGCUGCAAACUGACGUCCGGGCUUUGAAGGAGAAAAUCCACGAGCUGAUGAACAAGGAGGACCAGCUCUCUCAGCUGCAGGUGGACUAUUCUGUCCUGCAGCAGAGGUUCAUGGAGGAGGAAGAGAAGAAGCGGAGCAUGAGCUACGAUUUUGCAAACCUUGCCAACGAGCUGGAAGCCACGAAGCGUUAUAGUCGCGCCUUGAGACCUAGUAUGAACGGGAAGAGGAUGGUAAAUGUCCCGGUGACCUCCACGGCAGUGCAAACAGAUGAGAUUAUUGGCGAACAAGCAGAGGACGACACAGCCGCGGGAUUUAUCCGUAAAUCAGUCCUCGAGGAAAACCACCUUAUGAACAACCUCAGACAACAGGGUCUAAAAAAGCCGGCAGUUCUUGAGCGAUUCCCUCCAGCGUCCGCAGAUCUGACGGACAAAAAAUCCUGGAUACCGUGGAUGAAAAAGAAAGCGGCUAUUAGUCUCACUCAGACUCUGACUGACAAGAUGAAUCGGGCGUCCUUGAUCAAUCCGCCGGAGACGAGAAGGCCGUGUCAACCAUUGCAUAUUCGAGUUACCCCGGAUCACCUGAACAGCACCGCCACCUUGGAGAUAACCAGUCCCCGGGCGGAGGAUUUCUUCUCCAGCACCACCAUCAUCCCAACUCUCGGAAACCAGAAACCUCGCAUUACAAUUGUCCCAAAGACGCCAAUGACAAUGGCUUCGAAGAGCAAAGACUGCGAUCCUUUGGGAGGCUUCGAUCGAGCCAAAUCUCCCGUCACGAUCACGGCCAUCUCCAGGGCCAAAAGUCCAGAAAAGUCCAAUGCUUGCAGUCCUUUGGAAAGACUUAAAUCGCCAGUGUCCUUUAUAAGGGUUAACUCCAUCCCUGUGGCUGAAACAUGUGCUGCACCUGAGCCAAAGGACACGACCGCAAGCCGACCCACGAUGAUGAAAAUGACACCAGACAAGUUACCUUUCAGGAAAUACAACGCCAACAGCAGCAUCAUCACCACGGAGGACAACAUGAUCCACAUCCACCUGGGUCCGCAGUAUAAGAGGCCUUCGGAGGGAUGCAGUAGUUCACUUUUGACGCUCAGAUCUUCAGAAAGCAGUAAGGAAGUGUCAACAGGAACCGUGCUGCGCUCACCACGACAAUCAUUGGUCGGGAAGACGAUUCAGAGCAAGAUGACGAGCAGCAUAACGAUCACACCGAUCUCCUCGACUUCCCCCAGACCAGCGCCUUCAAUGCCCGUUUCAGAUGUGAUUUCUCCUCGCAGCGCGGCCACUCGGAUCCCGAUGUGUAUGAAAGGCUCCCUGAUGGACGGUAGACGCUGAUCUGAGAUCUGAGGAAGCUGCAGACGGUGAAGCAGCUGAACGAGGCCUCAGUUUGAAUCAACAGCUUUCAGUGUAGAUCAAAUCUGUUGUUUCUAAUAAUAUACAAUGUAGUAUUUAGACGUUUUCCCAGAAUACACCGGCCCCUUCUUCGUGCACAUUUCUUCAUCAUUCUUUCACCAAGUGUCUUUGGAAAGUUAUGAAAUUAAGUUUUAAUUUGGCUCAAAAAUAAUGUUUUCGUUUUGCUUUAAAUGAAACAGGAUCCGUGCUCUGUGUCUGAGAUCAGAGGAAACUCUCAAACUGAACGUUGUUUCGUGUGAUGAUAUAUUACAGGACAGGAGAGAUGCUUUUCUGCUUUCUACCUUCAUUAUUUUAAUGUUAAAAUACAGCCUGUGCUUUCUUUAAAUUGAGUGAUUUGGUUCUGAACAUAGUUUAUAACACACUGUAACACAUUAUAAUACACACAUGUGGUUUGUUUAACUGUAUGGAAAGCAAGGUAAUGGAAAUGUCAAGUAUAUUUCAUGUUUUAAUAAACGUAAAGAGCUCAUAA